GAGAAAAACACCCUCCGAAGCCGAACCACCCGCAGCGGCAAUUAGUCGACAAUUGUCAAAAGGGAUCGAUGCCGAGCAUUUCGGCCCUCUAUUCCAUUGAAGAAAUCUCACGGCACAGUUCCAACGACGACUGUUGGAUCAUUAUCGAUGGCAAGGUAUACGAUUUGACGUCAUAUUUGGAUGAGCAUCCUGGUGGAGAUGAUGUUAUUAUAGCUGCAACUGGCAGAGAUGCCACAGAUGAUUUUGAAGAUGCUGGUCAUAGCAAAGAUACUCGAGAGCUGAUGAAGAAGUUCUAUAUCGGCGAGCUUGAUCCUUCUUCCUCAGCGAUCCCAGCACUCGAAACAAAAGAACCAGAUGGUUAUGCAGCUCAGGUUCAGACCUUGACAAAGCAAUACUGGGGGAUUCCUAUUGCAGUACUUGGUAUUUCUGUAGUACUUGGCUGGUUAUACUUGCUGAAAAAGUGAUUGCAAUGCCAUUUGAAGGCUGUUGGCUUGUUGAGUUGAGGGAUUUAGGUCACAUUUUUGCUGCUUAGAAAACCUUAUUUGUUUCAAAAUCUUCGUACAAUGAUUUGUAGGUUAUUUGUUCGAGAAGAGAGAUUUUUUCUUGUUAGCCGGUGGAUUUGUGUAUUUAUUUCCAUUGUUUCAUUGGACGUGACCAUGUAGCUUCUUUCAGCUCAAUAGGGCGAUGACAUCUCGAGGUAAUGUUAUCAGGUAACUUUUUAGAACCGACAGUUUCGUCUUUUGACA